CACAACUGCUGCAGAACACAAUUGCUGCAGGACACGACUCCGCACCGGCAACAUGGCGCGAUCAGGAAGGAGCAGCCAGCGCAAGAAGCAGUCGGCGGCGGACAAGCAGAUGGCGAAGAAGAACGACGGCGCGCCCAAGAGCAUGGUCAUCCGCAUUGGCGCGCAGGAAGUCGGCGGUGCAGUGAGCCAGCUGGUGCAGGAUGUGCGCCAUGUCAUGGAGCCCGACACGGCCGUGCGGUUGAAGGAACGCCGUGCAAACAAACUGAAAGACUACACCACCAUGUGCGGCCCCCUCGGCGUAACCCACCUCCUCCUCUUCUCGCGCUCGGAAUCCGGCAACACCAACAUGCGCCUCGCACGCACCCCGCACGGCCCGACCCUGCACUUCCGCGUCGAAAAGUACUCUCUGUGCAAAGACAUCGCAAAGUCGCUCAAACACCCACGCACCGACCUCACAGCCUUCCAAACGCCCCCACUCCUCGUCAUGAACAACUUCCUCACCUCGGACGCGGCGCGGGAAACUCUGGGCGACGCCGCGCCCCCAAAGCAUCUGGAGAAGCUCGUGACAGACAUGUUCCAAGGCCUCUUCCCACCCAUCCAACCCCACGCCACACCCCUACACACAAUCAAGCGCGUCCUCCUCCUCCACCGCGAGCCUCCCAGCCCUGAGACCGGGAGCGUGGCAAUCUCCCUGCGACACUACGCCAUCACAACCAAAGUCACGGGCCUCCCCAAGGCCCUGAGGCGUUUGCACGCGGCCGAGAAACUGAUCGGUCAUGGUGCGAAGAAGGCCAAGGGGAGGAGUCUGCCGGAUCUCGGGAAGCUGGAGGAUGUCGCGGAUUAUAUGCUGGAUCCGAGCGCGGGCGGGUACACGAGCGCGAGCGAUACGGAGGCGGACACAGAUGCCGAAGUAGAGGUUAGCGCGCCGGUCAAACAGCGCGUUCUUUCCCGCCGUGCGAAAGAGAGACUAGCGGCUGGCGACGAGAGUGCGCGCCGCACCGUCGCUCAGGGGCCGAGGGUCGAGAAGAGGGCUGUGAAGUUGGUGGAGCUGGGGCCUAGGAUGAAGUUGAGGCUGACAAAGGUCGAGGAGGAUGUGUGCUCGGGCAAGACCAUGUGGCACGAGUUCAUUACGAAGUCCAAGGCUGAGGAACAGGCGAUGGAGAAGAAGUGGGCGCAGCGCAACGCAGUCAGGGCCGAGAGGAGACGAAUCCAGAAGGAGAAUGUCGAGAGGAAGAAGGCGGAGAAGGCGGCGAACGGUGGGGCUGCCGAAGGAGAUGAUGACGACGAUGAGAUGGAGGGCGAGGAGGACAGCGAGAUGGAUUAUGACGAGUACGAUAUGGAUGACGAUGUGUGGCAUGAUGAAGAUGGGGGCGCCGAGCAGGAUGAGGAUGAGGAGAUGGAGGACUGAAAAGCGCUACAUAUACGUCCAAUG